AUGCCCUACGUCCGCACAGUCCUCGGCCUCCUGUCGGGCCUGGCGGCCUGUGGCGCGGUCGCCUUCCUCGGCUACUGCGUCUACUUCGACCGGAAGCGGCGUGGCGACCCCGCGUUCAAGCUCCGCCUGCGCGAAAAAAGAAGAGCCCAGCAGCAAAAGGCUGAGGGACGGGGCGCCCAGUUGUGGGAUCCAGCAAAGAAUGAAAAAUUACAACAACUUUUUCUGCAAGAGGUACGAAUGGGAGAACUUUGGUUAUCCAGAGGGGAGCAUCGAAUGGGGGUCGAACAUCUCAGCAAUGCCCUUUUGGUGUGUGGGCAACCACAGGAACUUCUGAAAGUUUUCAAACACACACUUCCUCCCAAGGUAUUUGAGAUGCUGUUGCGCAAAAUUCCCCUUAUUUGCCAGCAAUUUGAGGCAGACAUGAAUGAACAGGAAUACUUGGAGGAUGAUCCUGAUUGA